AUGCUAUGCUGUCCUGAGGCCCUCAGCCCAUUGGUUGGGUUUAGGGUUACCCUAGAACAUCUCUCCGAUUCUUCCUCUAAUCAGGGAGAUUUAGCCCCCACCGCAACCAUGGAUCCAGGGGUCCCCUCGACGGCGGAGGCUCAGCACGAGCACGCCAUUGUGAUGAUUAUUGCCAGUAUUUCCUUUAUCUACCUUCUUUCUGCUUGUCUCGCCGGGAUUGUUGGCCUUCUUCCAAAGUUCAGGCCUCCCAUCACAGUCGUUCUUUUCCUCGCUGGCAUGUCCCUACAGCCGCUGCUCCAGUGGAUGCAGAACGGAGUCCUUCUUCAUGGCGUUCAACUCAUAGGCAAUGUGGAUCCGUACCUGAUCUUUUUUGCACUGCUUCCCAUGUGCCUCUACGAGAGCUCUGCAUUCGUCAACUACCACAUGUUCAAGCAAGUUUUGCCCUCGAGUUUGCUCCUUGCCAUCCCGGGGGUCGCAGUGAACAUCAUUCUCUUCGCCGCAUUCCUUCGAUACGGGAUCUCGCGCAUCUACGAUUGGCCUGCGGCCCUUAUGACCGCUUCCAUCGUCUCGGCGACAGACCCCGUAGCCGUCAUUGCGUGUCUUCGCGCUCUCGGCGCUCCCGAGAAGCUGUCCUCCCUCAUCGAUGGAGAAUCGCUUCUCAACGAUGGAUCAGCUGUCGUCUUCUUUGAGGUCUUCCGCUCCCUGGUGAUUGGGACUUACACCGGCGUGGGGUCGUCGAUCACCCUGUUCGUUCAGCUCUCGUUCGGCGCGCUGGCGUACGGGCUGGCGAUUGGAGUGGUGCUGUACCUCUGGCUCUUGACAGUGCGCGAGUUCCACAUCGUGCAAGUGACUGGAACGAUCGCAGCCGUGUUUACCGUCUUCUUCACGGCCGACCACUUCCUUCACGUUAGCGGCGUUCUCGCCGUCGUCACGCUAGGCGUAUUCAUGGCAGCAAAAGGCUCCACCGCGCUGCAGAGGUCGAUCCAGAAGGUCCAUCAUGAGUCAGUUGAACUCCUCUCGACGCUCUCUGUCCAGGCCAUUUUCGUGUGCGGUGGAGUUAUCGCGUCGCGACUCCUGAUUCAGUACGCAGACACCUGGACGGAGUGGGCGGAGCUCUUCCUGAUCUACCUCGUCCUGCAGGCCGCGCGCUUUGUCGUCGUCUACGGCUCCUGGCCGUUUAUUCAGUGGAUGGGCCUCCCGCUCAGCUGGAAGGAGUGCUUUAUUAUCUCGUACGGCGGUCUGCGGGGCGUCGUCUGUCUCGCCCUGGGCCUCGUGGUGGAAGCGGACCCCCGCGUGCCACCUCAGCUGCGGGAGCACGUGGGAAUCUGCGUGGCGGGCACCGUGCUAUUCACUCUGCUUAUCAACGGCACGACGGCAGAGCUGCUCUACACCCGGAUGCGGCUCUACCCGAUUUCCAAGUAUCGACGAGAGUAUUUGGACUACGUUUUGAGUUCAAUCGACGCGUCGUGCGACCGCAAGAAAAAUGAGCUGAAGAAUUACUGGCUAUUCCGAGGAACCGACGUCGUCCAGGCCGCCAACGAGGCCCUCCCGUUGUUCUCGAAGGGGCACCUGGACUCAAACGGCAAUCUACACGUCCCCGGCAAAUCCUACUCGGAAAUUCUGCGCAAUCCGCCCUCGUGCGAUAACUGGAGCGUCCAGUCUGCUGCAUCAUCGGUGGCGAAGCUUGAAUCCAAAGAUUUCGGAGUGCCUGCGCGACUUGGCUGGGGCGAGGGACUCGGCUCCGCUCUCCACACUGUGAAGCAUCUCACCGGGAACCGGAAGCCUGCCACCGGCUCGGGAGGGGGCAUCGGCGGCGAGGACGCACGGACAAACGAAGACGUCACUCUGAUCGUCAAAGAGGCGGGACGGCUCGAGAAGGAGACCCAUGUCCUUCACGUCAUGUUCAGUGCCAUGCGAGAAUUCUACACAGACAUGUACGAGCGCUCCAACAUCGGAGGCACCGCGUGCUUGACUCUCACGAUGGUCGUGGACAAGUGUCACUCCUACCUCGACGCCCAGCUGAAGGAGGCGACAGCCGUAAAAAAGUCACGGAAGAACGACUAUUCCAAGAGCGUGUUUUCGCACGAAUGGGAUCUCCUGCUGGGCUCGUUGCGGAGUCGGUACGGCUUGUGGAAGUGCUUGAGCGCGAUGCCUUGCGACGCGUUUGAUAUCCUCAAGUCCUACCUGAUUGCGAUGAUCCAGACGCUCUACGCCGUGGUGGAGGCCCACGAGUUCGUGAACCAGACCAACCGGAAGGAACUGGAGGAACUCGUCAGCGCGGAGACGCUGGAGCCCCUGGACGAAGUCGUCACUUCCGCCAAAGAGCUGCUUGAGAAGCUGAAGAACACGUUCCCAGUGGCGUUCUCUCAGUGCCUAGUCAUCAUCGCUUCUCAUAUGCUUCUCAACGCUAAACAAAAGGUGCUGAACGAAGAGAUCGAACGGGGGCUGGUGUUUCCGGAAGACGCAGAGAAGCUGAAGGAAGCGAUCGCCGAGCAGCGCAUGAGGCUCGAGAGAAUCAGCCGAUAA